AUGGCAAACACAAUUGAUUUGGAGGCCGCAAGGCGGCAAACAGAAGAGCUUAUGAGGCUGUACACUGUUUGGGCAGAAAAAACGUCUCACCUUACUCACAAUGUAGCAAAGCUCACUGACAAAGUCGCGGGCACGAGACAACAGCUCCAGCUUCAAGCAGACGGUAAAGCGAUGACUACUAAUGUUGCCUUCACAAACACGAUCAUCCUGUUGCAGCGUGGCGCCCACUACAAUCUACCCUGGAACAACGGACAAACCAAACUUCGAAGGCGAUCUCAUCUUUGCAAGACAGCGUCUGAAUUUUCGGAUCAAGGUAACGUGGCGCUGGCCACGCAACUGAUACGCAGCCGCGGAGUAGCGGCGGAGCGCGAAGCCGCCUAUAAGCGACUAAAGGCAAGCAUGUAG